CCUCCUCCGCAUCCACAGCUGAUGAUGGCCAGCCUUUUAACGUUAGGUGCCAACGCUACGGAACUUAGCAGGCAGUUAGCGGUGUAGCGUCGUCAAAAUGUGUAAGAGGUCUUAGCUAACCGUCAUGUGAAUGUGCUGUUCUAGACAAUAGCAAAGGUGUGUUGCAGAAUAUAGGCGGGCCAUGUAAAUGUGCCCCUGUAGUUCACCGGCGUUUGAGUCGCACGUUUAGGUCAUCGGUUGUCACGUUAGCUAAGUUGUAUGUUGUUUGACAGUACAGUCAGAGGAGUGCCAAGCUAACUGGCUAAGAGCUAGCGCUAGCUGGUUAGCUACCACACAACGUAGCUAGCUGGUUAGCUGCCUGUUAUGUUAACUACUUUGGUUUGGCUCGCAUGCGCUUGAAUGCUGUUGUUUUUCAAGAGCUGUGCGUGCCCUGUACGACAACUGGACCUGAAUCUUAUGCUGUCUAAGAUGUUCAGAGCUUUUCUAGUUGCAUUGCCUGACUCCUCCUGGUCUAUUUAACUAGCCAUAUAUUAUUACUCCCAAACCAAUCCCACAUCUCUGUUUGGCAACAGUAUGAUCAUUUACACUGACUCCACCCAGCCCACUGGGGCAAGAGUCCCCCAAAACCAAGCUCUCAAAAUGAUAUGGUAGUAGCCGCCUGGAUCACUUUCUGUGGCUGCAGGAGCCUUGUAAGGGUUCUGCUCUUCCUUUCCUCCUCAAAUCCCCUCCCUUCAUUCUGGGAGACCCUCGCCAGUGUAAUCUCAGGCACUGGAACCAUGGGUAACAGCUGUGUGUGCCGGGAGGAUAGUGACUUGGAGGAUCAUCACCAUGUGUCGUCGAGGUCGAUCCGAGGACAAGCUAGGCGGGUGGAUCAUGGUACAGGUGUAGGUUCUGAUUCUGGAGAGGCUCGGAGCAGUCGGCCCAGGGACCCAGUAAGGCCACCACGUCGAGGACGAGGGCCCCAUGAGCCACGACGGAAGAAGCAGAAUGUGGAUGGCCUGGUGCUGGACACACUGGCUGUCAUCAGAACACUUGUAGACAAUGACCAAGAGCCCCCUUACUCCAUGAUCACUUUGCAUGAGAUGGCAGAGACAGAUGAUGGUUGGCUGGAGGUUGUCCAGUCCCUGAUUCGAGUGAUCCCAUUGGAUGAUCCGCUUGGCCCUGCAGUGAUCACCCUUCUGUUAGAUGAGUGUCCCCUGCCCACCAAGGAUGCUCUCCAGAAGCUCUCUGACAUGUUGAGUUUGAGUUCGGCUGUAGCACAACAGGACGCCCUAAACCCUGCUAAACACAGAAACACAACAGCUGUCCUAGGGUGCCUGGCAGAGAAACUGGCUGGACCAGCCAGUAUUGGCCUAUUGAGCCCUGGAACCCUUGAGUACCUUCUAGAGAGCUUGAGUUCAGAGGCCCACCCUACUGUCAUGCUGUUUGCUCUCAUUGCUUUGGAGAAGUUCUCCCAGACCAGUGAGAACAAACUGACAGUGUCCGAGUCAUGUAUCAGCAAUCGACUUGCUGUCCUGGAGUCGUGGGCAGAGCAUCCCGACUACCUGAAGAGGCAGGUUGGAUUCUGUUCACAGUGGAGCCUUGACAAUCUGUUCCUUAAGGAGGGUCGUCAGUUCACCUAUGAGAAGGUCAACCUCAUUAAUAUUAAUGCCAUGCUCAAUAGCAACGAUGUCAGCGAGUACCUCAAGAUAUCCCCCACUGGACUAGAGGCACGAUGUGAUGCUUCGUCCUUUGAGAGCGUGCGUUGUACAUUCUGCGUGGACUCAGGCGUGUGGUACUACGAGGUGACAGUCAUUACUUCAGGCGUGAUGCAAAUUGGAUGGGCCACCAAGGACAGCAAGUUCCUCAACCAUGAGGGUUAUGGAAUAGGAGAUGAUGAAUACUCAUGUGCGUAUGAUGGCUGCAGGCAGCUCAUCUGGUACAACGCUCGCAGUAAACCUCACUCUCACCCCUGCUGGAAAGAGGGAGAUGCCAUUGGCUUCUUGUUGGACCUCAGCAAGAAGCAGAUGAUCUUCUAUCUGAACGGACAUCAGCUGCCACCAGAGAAACAGGUCUUCUCAUCAGCCACGUCGGGUUUCUUUGCUGCUGCCAGCUUUAUGUCAUACCAGCAGUGUGAGUUUAACUUUGGGGCCAAGCCUUUCCGUCACCCACCUUCUGUCAAGUUCAGCACCUUCAAUGACUUUGCUUCACUGCUGCCCAGUGAAAAGAUUAUCCUACCCAGACACCGGCGUCUGGCCUUACUAAAGCAGGUUAGCAUCCGAGACAACUGCUGCACGCUGUGUUGUGACGUUAUGGCUGACACGGAACUGCGGCCCUGUGGACAUGGUGGUAUGUGUAUGGAGUGUGCCUUACAGCUAGAAACGUGCCCCCUAUGCCGCCAGGACAUCCAGACACGAGUCAGACUCAUUGCACAUGUAUCCUGACACACUUCCUGCCCGUCCUGCAGUACGGAGAGACACACAAGCCCUACAGCCGCCUCCUCCUCCUCUAAUCCCCUCUCACCCAGCAGGGCUGUGAGGACAGUGCCACAAUGCUGUGAUGACGGCAGAACUUUGAGUUCUGGUCCGAAGAGGCAACGAUGGAGGGGUGGAGAAAAGACAUAGAGGAAAUGAGAGGAGGGGAAUCAAACCACAGCUGGAUCCCCAGGAGCAUUCCCUCAUUUACCUAUAUCUCCUCUUUUGUAUUCUUCUGACAAGUCACUGCAGAAGCUGGGCCAAGAAUUGUCAACUUUCUACAGAUGGUGUGUUUUUCAGACAAAAAGAGUAGACAUGAGGGGCAGAAACAAUUUUGCCAGAUUAGACAGAACAAACUUGUCGUCUGCAAGCCCCUCCAUAGAGUUAUCAGACAUCCUUUCAGAUAAAAGGGUCUCACUGCGCUUCAGCUGGGCUUUCAGCACAGAGCCUUCUACUCUUUAAUCCCAUCACCGUCAUGCACAUGUCUGCAGAUCUGAAAGGGCUGGACAGCUGAAAAUAACACAGCCUGUAGUACAGUAUUAAGGUACAGAUAAAUUUGAGAUGUAUCAUACUGUCAUGUUUUUGGGUAUAGAUAUGCGAAUUGUGUUGUUCUUGAGGUAGCAUUUUCAUUCUCUUUUCUCAAGGUUGUACCAAAACCUAUCCAUUGAUCAGCUUCACUGUCUGUACUGAAUGAUCGCCAGUGGUAGUGUUUUCCCUCAGAAAAAGAUGCCAGAGUUUAAAAGUUGCAGGAUUAUUCCCUAGAGUUCAGUUUUCUGAUUCUUUUUACGCAAGUUGUUAAAAAUCAAAUCAUCUGUUAUACAAGAGAGAAAGUUAUUGGCAUAAUUCUUGUUUUCCAACCAGUAUAAAAACUACAUACUUGAAGCUGUAUUAGGACUAACUUAUUUUUAGCAUGGCUGACCCUGCUGCUUUUGGUGCUGUAUUUUCUUUGCUCAAAUGUUUCUUUCCAAAGGUCUCAGUCAUGUAUGUCACAACCACAACAAAUAAAUACACAGGGAUUAAAAUUUACAGAAAGUUAGUGGUUAAAUUAAAUCACAUGUUUUUCCCCCUGGUUAUUGUUGCAUAUAUCUAAGGAACCAGUGGAGGGGGGGGGGUAUACAAUUGAAUUCCCACCAUCCCCCUCUGAAUUUAUCUUGGAUUGCUGGAUUGCAGCAGUAUAACGAAGUCUUAAUUUUUGCUUGUGAUUACAACCGCAUGUCUGUAUUAAGAUAACUAUUUUCAAAUCCACAACAUGUGAUUUAAUUUUUUAUUAUAAAUGAUGCUGAACGCUGAUGUAAAAACUUGGCUAAGAAGUACAACAGGUUUUUUUUAUUGACAUUGUUUUGAUCAGCUGAUCAGUAAAUCCUCUGAAACAAAUGUGAAAUGUUUUAAGUAAAAUGUCUUUCCUUAAUAUCGGUUUACAAAAUAUCCCAGGGUCAUUUGCAAGAUGUGUAAUUUUGGAUCUGUUUUGGCAAUGAAAUACUUGACAUAAAUUAGCAAAGAAACUAACCACAGCACAGCGACAUGACCUAAACUGUGAGGGCUUCAAAAAAAAUGUGUUUGUUUCAUUUGCUACAAAUCACUGCAUUCUUAGUGAGAUUAUUUGCACACAUGACUGAUCUCAUCAAAACAAGUUUGUCAUAUCGGAGGUGUAUCUUCCACGUGACUGGUUCAGAUUCAGAAACGUGGUUUACCUCCGUGCUUUAUAUAAUACAGGACAUCCCUCUGCUCUCAUUUUGCCAUUUCGUCAUCUCCCUACGUGUUUGACCUCGUGUUUUUCUUGUUUUUCUGUCUAUCCUUUACUUGAAGCAUCUCUGGGUUGACUGGUAUUUGUCCUUUGGAAACAGGUGAUGAAAUGAACAUACGAGAGAUUGCAAUUCAAGAAAAAUUCAAUUUAUACAAUUUAAAAAAAUUCAGUGAUAUUUCAAAUUAAAACACUGAAUAUUUUUGAAUUUAUUUUGGACAAAUUGUUUAUGAAAGAGCUCCUACUCCACUAAAUUGCAUGAACAAGAUCUGUAAAACCCUUCAGGUUAUACUGGAAUGAUUGAUUAACGAUAACACGCAUCUCUCAGUAAUGCAAAUGACUGGUCUGUUCUCUGUUUACUACCUUGUAUUUCCUGGAGCACCUUCUACAUGAAGGUGAGAGAAAUUAUAUGGUUGUUACUAUGGUUGGAGAUAAACUUCUCGAUUGUAAAGAAUAAGUUGUGAGCUGUAUUUAAACAUCUAUAAAGGAAUUUUGCUCCAGAAAAAAGGUGUGAUUUAUUGAAGAAUUGCUGUUUCCUGGAUUGUGAUAUUUGUAAUGUAUGUUCGUG